AUGAUAGUGAAGUAGAGAAAAGGAGUGCCUCACCACUUACCCCCAUUGAGUUCUGACUCUCUCUGAGGCAAUAUAUCAAACACCUACCCGACCGGUUCAUUUGUCGGCAUAUCUGACCAAAUCCCAGUCACUGCGCCAAAUCUCACUUGAACAUGCAAAGCAUUAAGAAAUCUAUCUUGACUCGUGUGAAUUUGAGGAGGUCAACCGAAAGAUGGUUGUUGGCUGGGGAUGAGAGUGUGCAUGCACAAUUGAGAUGCUGGUGCUCUUCAAAAGCUGCCAGUUCUGAUCUAAUACUGGACCAAGUAAUUGCACUGGCCAAGAAGUACGAUAAAAUCGAUGCCUCAAAGGUUACUGACACAGCUGAUUUUCAAAAAGACUUGAACCUUGAUAGCUUGGAUCGGGUGGAACUGAUUAUGGCCCUUGAAGAAGAAUUUUCAGUUGACAUCCCUGAUGAGAAGGCAGAUAAGCUUACUUGUUGUGCUGAUGUUGCAAAAUACCUAGCCUCUGAAACUGAUCAGAAAGAUGUGCAAAAGUCCUGAAUUCUAGAUGUUACUUUUAGUAUCUGGCAUCCAAGUUUAUGUGACUGUGCUUCACGGAUCUCUGUUUAAUCAGCUUAGCUGCAAAUACGCAUGUAAGGUGAUCUAUUGUUUGCUUCAUUCAGGUAAUUAUUGGUGGAAUCAUUCUGUGGUGAAUUUUGUAUGAGGCAAUGUUUUGGUUUCUAGAAUAUAAAAUUGAUCAAGCCCAAAUUCUUAAAUACAUUCAUUAACAUCUCAGUUGUAUGAUAAUAGUCAUUGAACGCUUCUGGGAUCAACCUUAGCUUUCUAGAUGACCAAAUUCUAGCGGUAUUUAUACAGAACACAUCUGUGUCACUCACUCCCGCAGUUUCACCUACAUCUUUUACAGACUGUUCAUAGUUCUGUAUUUUUUGUAGGGAAAUGUUUAAGACCCAUACAACUCAAUGCUGUGACUAAAAGAACCAUCCAAAUUAGCCACAAUUCUCUUUAUAAAAGUAAUUAUGAAAUCCUAUGGCCUAUGUAUGUGGUGUAUAAUAAUCUCUUAUUCCCCGCUCCCUUGUUGCCUCAGACAUUGAAUGCGGGAACCUUAUGUUUCCAGCAUUGUAAGUGCGGAUGCCAUUCCCAGAGAACAGCAACUUGAGUCCCUUGUGUCUUUUGACAUGCGCUGGCCAGCAUGGUGAUCCUUUGGGAAUUCGAAGAAUUUUCACUCUGCAUAUGUUUUCCAAGUUGGAAAUAGCAUGAAGGUGGGAAGGGAGUUCGAUGAUGAAAUCUCCAAACUCAUCAGUAACUCCUCUUGCUACCAUUGAUUUACUUUUUCUUUUUCUUUUGGUAGCAUGACUUUUGCAGUUGACAGAAGCCAAAACUCCUGUAUGAAUAUUGAAAUUAAUCAAAUUUGUAAGCAAAGGAAAUUUCAUGAAUUUUGGAAAUUCAAGACGAAAACAUUGCUGCAACUGGUGUCAUGUUUCAAGAACUGCAAUCAGAUAUUCAGCUUUUGCUUGCUUUUUUAAUAGUGUAACUAGAGUCUUGGUGGAAGCUAUUAUACCUCAGCUGCUAUGCUGGGGACCUUCCUUGGUUGUCAACUUAAAUGUUAUGAGUGCAUGUGUUUUAC